AUUAUAUACGAAUUACAUACAUGACACAAGUACAAUACACUAAAAGCGCUACGUUUAGAGCAUCAAAAAUCAAGAACAACAAGGAAAAUGGUUGAAAACUUUGUAGGAACAUGGAGAAUGGUCUCCAGUGAGAAUUUUGAUGACUAUAUGAAGGCUUUGGGUGUGGGUUUUGCAACUCGCCAGAUGGGAAACAUGGCUAAACCAAGCCUGACGUUCAGCGUUGACGAUCAAGGAGCUAUUUGCAUGAAAUCGCAGAGCACAUUCAAAACCACCGAGCUUAAAUUCAGGCUGAAUGAGGAAUUCGAGGAAAUCACCGCGGAUGACAGAAAGACCAAGACUACAUUUACCCUUGAAAACGGCAAACUUGUGCAAAAACAGUCAUGGGACGGCAAGGAAACAACACUAGAAAGAGAAGUAACGGAUGGAAAAUUGAUAGCGAAAUGCACCAUGGGGAAAGUGAUCGCAGUGAGGUCAUACGUCAAAGAAGAUUAAGGAGAUUCUGACAGUGACACCGGGACCAGUUCAAUGAGUUUAACUAUAAACAAAUUUAACAAAUAAAAUGAAUGGAUAUGCGUUUCUGGAAACCACCUGGACUGUCUGUGAUGUUUUCAUUAAAGUGGUAGUCUUACA